CAUGAGAUAAAGUGACUUAUUGUUAUAAAAAGUGGGAGGAUCAAACCAAGUAUAUGAAGAGCAGUUUAUUGGUCAUGGAGUCAUGCAGUCACCCCAUAGUGUAAUCCCAUGAUAGAAAGUGUUUGGAUCACUAAACUGAGAUCAAUAUCAAGGCUAAGGUAAGUGAGAUUUAAAAAAGAGAAAUAUUUUCAUAUUAAACUAUGCAAUUAGAAAUCACAAACUAUAAGAAGAAUUUGUAAACAAACGUAUUCAAUUAUUUGAAUUUUCGUCAAAGUUGAAGUUAUCUGAAUUUAGAUGCAUUUACGAUGGAAAGUAAACUAAGACACCAUGUUAGUGCCGUGGCAGCUGUGUUCAUAAAUUCACUCUCGACUCUGGAGUGCCAGAGUGUGCUCCGAGUGCGCUCUGGGCUAUCAUAAAUUCAGUGCAUUGUCAGAUUGUCCGUUUGUAGGCUAAAUUCAGAGCAUUUCGCUCUGGCACUCUCAAACCACCCACUUGUAUUUCAUCUUAAUUUUGCUUAUCUAAGGGUGCGUUACGAACGGACAAUUUGACAGAACUGGCACUCCAGAGUGAAUUUAUGACAAAGAGUUGGAAAUUCCCCUAGGUAUAAUGAUCAAGUAAACUUUCAAAAAUAAACGUCAUACUCAAGCUACUAUAAAAUGCCUCUAAAUCGUAACCACUUUUUAAUCCCUAUCCUUUAGAUGUGGAGCAUAGCUGCAUUGGUGUUAGUGCUGACAGGGCCUGCCUCUUGCUACAUCACCUGCCCUGGUGGGAAGGUCUGCUCUGAUCAAUCAACCUGUUGUUUGACUAAAGGAGGAUAUGCCUGCUGCCCAGUUCCCAAUGUGAGUAACCAGGGUUCACAUUAGGGCAAUUUGUAGCCUGGUCCCAGAUCUCUUUGUCAUGUCAACAGCCAUAGCAGUUGGCAGCAUGAACAUCUGGAACCAGGCUAGGGAAUUUGAUCCCAUUAGUUAAUGGGAUUCUCAGCAGCACUAAGGUUGUAAAGACAGGAAAAAGAAACCAGCAUACUGGUACUGUUGUUUCCUUCACUUUUGGAUUACAAAACCAAUGUUUCAGUUGAAAUACCUUGGGUUUAGAAAGCUGUACAAGCAAAGACCCCAUAAAGGUAUUUUGACUGCAAGCCAUAUCACCUUUUUUAAAUUACUUUUUCCAGGAACAAAGUUCUCCUGUCUCUGCUCCGCUCGAGUCUGACAGCAGCCCUGUCCAGAGCAACGCAGUGGAGAGCUCCAAUGUCGGCAAGGUGCAAUGUGACAACUAUUAUGCUUGUCCCGAUGGCACCACCUGCUGCCACCACCUCAAAGGCCUGUGGUUCUGCUGUCCGUACUCCCCUGUGAGUUGACUAGUGUUUCUCUGCUUGUAGUAUGUUGGCUUGAAGGGCUCUUGUCAAUUUGUAAUAUUGGUAUAGAGUAGCUGUCAGUAUCAGGAAUUAGUGACUAGAGUGUGCAAAGCUGUCAUCAAGGCAAAGUGUGGCUACUUUGAAGAAUCUCAAAUAUAUUUUGAUUUGUUUAACACUUUUUUGGUUACUACAUUUACAUUUACAUUUUUAGUAAUUCCAUAUGUGUUAUUUUAUAGUUUUGAUGUCUUCACUACUAUUCUACAAUGUAGAAAAUAGUACAAAUAAAGAAAAACCCUUGAAUGAGUAGGUGUGUCCAAACUUUUGACUGGUACUGUAUUUCUAAACACUUCUACAUUAAUGUGGAUGCUACCAUGAUUACAGAUAGUCCUGAAUGAAUUGUGAAUAAUGAUUAGUGAGAAAGUUAGACGCACAAAUAUCAUACCCCCAUAUCCCCAGAGCCUAAACAACAACAAAUGUGUCACUGUCCCAAUACUUUUGUAGCUCACUGUAUCAACUUGUAUACGUCUGUUUUUCCACAGGCUAGGUGCUGUCUAGAUGGAUACCACUGCUGUCCCUAUGGCUAUGACUGUGACCCCACAUAUACUAAGUGUGUGAUGUAUAGCAACCUGAGGUACCCUUUUGCUCCUAGGCAGGCCCCUUCAAUGAUCGAAGCCAUCAAGGUCUCCAAACCGGAAAACAAGGUCCACGAUCAGGUAGGUACCUAUGCGUCACACUCACAGGCAACCAAUGUAUGUGUAGGCAGUGGACAUUGUUCUCUUUCUGUAUGUUCAAGUCAGUCUAAGAGAAAGGCACUUUUGAUUCCCACCUUAUGGGUAUAAAAAAAUGAUAAUUAAUAGAGAAUGAUUUCAUGCACACUGGUAUGCUAUUACAUUUUAACCUCUGAGAGUAGUUUGUAAUGUAAUCGCAUUAUUCCCACGCACUUCCCACGCAACCAGAUAACUCAGAUAUGCGAGUGCUUUUUAAAUAUGGAAACCCUGAGAGUAGAACAUUGAUGGUGUGGUUCUCUUCUUUCUCUAAUAUUUUAGCAGGUCCCAUGGACAGCACUAGUUCAGGCCUCUGACAGCACCCCACAGGCUGGAAUCAUUCACUGUGACACUCAAUUCUACUGCCCUUCUGCAUCCAGCUGCUGCAAGGGACCUACUGGCAAAUGGGGCUGUUGCCCAUUCCCACUGGUAAAUAUACUGAAAGUGUUGGGUGUACUGUAGAGGGAAUUUGAUACAACUGACCUUAAAUACCACUCAGCUAUCAUUUGAUAAAGUAGUCUAUCAAUGUUAUGUAGGUAGAGCAUGUUUAUUAAUGUAAUGAACAAUCUGUAGUGCAUGUACAGAGCAGUGUGAAAUGUUUUAAUGACAUUAAGAUCAUGUGCAAUAUUAUGCAGAUUUUAUAUUACUAUCAUGUUCUGAGACCUAUUUUUUUUAUUUUUAGGCGAAGUGUUGUGAGGAUGGCCUGCAUUGCUGUGAAUAAAGGUGGCCUGCAUUGCACCUCAUAAAGGUGCAGGAAAUGGUACUCUCAGAUUCCUUCAGGUCUGAAGGAUGAUGCUAAGCAGGACUGACAAGAUUUCUAAUUAAUUCUAAUCUUGUCACUGUACUGACAUUGGAUUGUACCUUUUUUGUGAAUGCAUUAUCAUUUAACCUUGCACUGAUGAGUAUAAGAAUGUUGAAUCAUGCCACCCAAUCAUUCAUUGCACAAAAGACAGCUCAAUACACUUCAAAAUAAAUGUAAUUCAAAUUAAA